GUGGUGGAUAAGUACACUUCAAAUUUAUUAAAGGUUUUGGAGUUCGUGGAGGCAAAAUCGCAAUCGACAAUCAUCCAUGGAGAACUAUGUACAUACGCAUGAAUGCCAUGGACACAAAAUCUCCAUCAUCGUCAACAGAACCCAUGCUAUCCUCCAUUCCAUAGCCAUACUGUUCUUGAUUCAUUACAGGCUUUCCUUCUUUUUCCAACAUCCCCCAAACAUCACCAUCCCCACUCUUCCAUGGCUUCUAAUCUUCGUCUCCGAGUUGCUUCUCUAUUUAGCAUGGCUCUUUGCACAAUCCCAUCGUUGGCGCCCUGUUUACCGGACCGUAUUCCCCGAGAGAUUGCCAGCUGAUGAUAAGCUUCCGGCCAUUGAUAUUUUCAUUUGCACUGCGGAUCCUAACAAGGAGCCGAGUGUGGAAGUUAUGAAUACUGUGAUAUCGGCUAUGGCGUUGGAUUAUCCACCGGAAAAGCUUCAUGUUUAUGUUUCCGACGACGCUGGCUCCGAUGCAACGUUGCGUUGUAUGAAGGAGGCUUGGAACUUUGCCAGGUAUUGGGUUCCUUUUUGUAGGAAAUAUGGCCUCGUGACUGCUUGUCCGGACGUUUAUUUUUCCAGCUCCGAAGAUGGCUUUAAGGGUUCUUCUGAGUUCAAGGCAGAGAGGAAAAAGAUGGAAGAAAAAUACGAGAUUUUGAAGCAACGGAUAAGGAGAAUUGUGCAAGAAUAUCAUAGGGAUGUCACCGUCAACAAUAAACUUGACCACUCAUCAAUAAUCGAGGUUAUAAACGAGUAUCACAAAGAGAAAGACGAAGUUAAAAUACCUGUACUUGUUUAUGUUUCUCGUGAGAAAAGACCUUCUCGUCGUCAUAAUUUCAAAGCCGGAGCCCUUAAUGUCCUUCUUCGAGUCUCAGCGACGAUAAGCAAUUCUCCAUAUAUUCUAGUUCUUGACUGUGACAUGCAUUGCAAUGAUCCAACUUCAGCUAGGCAAGCAAUGUGUUACUAUUGUGAUCCUCAAACAUCUCAAUCUAUAGCAUUCGUGCAAUUCCCUCAAACAUUUCGAAAUAUUAGUGAAGACGACAUCUAUGACAGCCAACUUCGAUUUGUAUUCAAGAUACAAUGGCAUGGUUUCGAUGGUGCCGGAGGACCAACAAUAUCGGGUACAAACUUUUAUAUAAAGAGGGAAGCAUUAUUAGGCAGUUUUAGUAAGCAACAAGAUCUUAUGGCACUCAAAAGAUCAUUUGGUCCAUCCAAUGACUUCAUUAAAACCCUAGUCGAAGACUAUAAGCCAUGUUUCAUAGAAGAUGGAGAAUCUUCAAGGAUGUUGCUAGAACAUGCCAAUGUUUUAGCCUCUUGCUCGUAUGAAGAUCAAACAACAUGGGGUACAAAGGUGGGUUUUUUGUACUUUUGUGUGUUGGAAGAUUACUUCACUGGAUUUACUUUACAUCGUAAAGGUUGGAAAUCAGUGUAUCUUUAUCCCAAACGGCUACAAUUCUUAGGGACAGCCACCACAAAUUUUAAUGAAGCAUCAAUUCAAUGGACAAGAUGGGUAUCUGGGCUUACUAGUGUUGCUAUUUCUAGGUUUUGCCCUCUCAUUUGUGGGCCUCUAAAGAUGUCUUUGGUUCAUCUUAUGUGCUAUUUAGAAGUUGCAUGUAUGCCUCUUCUUUAUUGUCUCUCUAUUUGGGGUUUUGCUCUUAUACCUCAACUUUGUCUCUUCAAUGGCAUCCCUUUGUACCCGAAGAUUUCGGACUCGAACUUCAACAUAUUUUCGAUAAUUUUCAUAUCAGCUAUUUCAAAAAGCUUAUAUGAAGUUGUUACAACCGGUGAUCAAUUUAGGGUAUGGAAAAAUGAAUGGAGAAUAUGGAUGGUGAGAUGCGUAACAUGUUAUACUUACGGAAGCUUGGAUGCUAUUUUGGAUAAGCUUGGCAUAAAGGAAGCUAGCUUUUUGCCAACCAAUAAAGUAACAGAUGAUGAACAAGUUAAGCUAUACGAGAUGGGUAUUUUUGAUUUUCGUGCAGCCACCAUGUUUCUUGCUCCAUUGGUUACAGUUAUUCUCGUAAACUUUGCAGCAUUUGUUGGAGCUGUUUUCAAAGCUUUGGUUGUGGAUGAUAAUGGAGAUCGGUACUGGGAAAAGAUGUUCGGCCAAAUGUUUCUUUCGUUUUACAUAUUGGUUUCGAAUUAUGCAAUUAUUGAAGGGAUGAUUAUAAGGAAAGACAAGGCUAGUAUUCCAUUAUCUGCUACUUUGUGGUCUGUUGUGUUUUCAGUAUUUAUCUUGUUGAUUGGCUCUGUCAUUUUGUGUUAAAUUCUGACAUUGGAAAAAUAAAAAACCUUUAUUAAGAUUUCUAAGUUA